AUGGCCAUGAUGGGCAUCAUAGCGCCGGAGACGGCGUACGAGACGGAGGCCGUGUCUCCGGCCACAGCCAGCGCCGCCGCGGGCGCGCCGCAGCGCAGGGGCUUGCUCCGGAGGAUGAUGCCGCGGGGGCACUACUCGCCCAUCGGCGCCGACCAGAAGACAGACCCUGGAAGGGCGCCCGAGGUGGCACCGAUCGCUGCCCGUGACUCGGAUGUCGCGGAGAAGCCGCGCCGCGGCUGGCUGCGGCGGCUGGUAACGCAGCGGCGGCGCUGGAAGAAUCUGGGCGGCGCCAGCGCGUCGAGGCUGGCCGGACUGUCGCGAUCGCUGCGGUGGAAGCGGCUGUCCGUGAACCUGAGGGGCAGCUGGGCGUCGGCGCUGCUGGACACCGUCGCGUUCCGCGUCAUGUACGUGGUGGAAGCCAUCGUGCUUGGCCUGGCGCUCUCCUGUUUCUUCUGCUGCUGCGGCUGCCAGAUAUAG